AUGUUCGCCUCGCUAUCAUCAUCCUGGUCGGGAAGGAAUGCGCAGCCGCCGCCGCCGCCUCCGCCUCCGCCGGCGUCGUCUUCCUCGACGACCUCGACGUCGCAACACCCCAGCGUAUCCAGCACCUCCCGCGCAGAGCACUCGCAGUCCUCCAACACCUCCGUCUCCGUCGCCGCCGCCGCGGCCCCUCACAACGUCUUCUUCGGCGCCGCCGCCGCCCAACACCAACAACAUGCGCCUCCAGCCCCCGCCUCCUCCUCGUCGGCGGCCGCAUCAGCCUCCUCGCCGCCCCAACAACCCCUCCACCAAACCCUCCCCUCCCCAGACCAACAACAUCACAUCUCCGAAGCCCGCGCCGCCGUCGUCGCCUCCAUCGGCAACAUGCUCGAUGGCGAGCUGCAGACCCGCGCGCGGAUGCUGCACGCCAAUGCGGCGGCGCUCGACAAGCAGGAGCGCGACGUCGUGCGUGCGACGGAGGCGCUGCGCAAGGAGAACGACAAGCUGGCCAAGUUCUCGGGGGACGCGGCGCGCCGCGUGAAAGAGCUGGGAAAUGUGCAGAACUGGGCCGAGGUGCUGGAGCGGGAUUUUUUGGUGCUCGAGGAGACGUUACGGCUUGUGAGGGAGGGGAGUUGUGGGAGCGGGUGUGAGAGUUGUGGGAGUGAGGGGAGUUGGAGUGGGAGUGGGAGCUGGAGCGGGAGUGAGGUUGGGGAUGAUGGGGGGGAUGUGAGGAUGGGGGAGGAUGGGCAUGGCGGUAAUGUGAAUAAAGAGGGUGAUGGUAAGGGGAAGAUGAAGAAGCAGCAGCAGCAGCAGCAUCACGAUGAGCUUGUUGAUAUGGAGAUUGAUGGGGGGCAUGAGGAUUGUUCGGAGAGUCAGAGUUUGACUGAGGCCGAGUCGAGUACCGGGACGGAUGGCCGAGCAAAGGGGUCCGAGACGACAUCUAUUUCGACAUUGUGA